UUUCCAGAACAAAGGCCACCACACACGGGUUCGUCAUUGACGAGGCGGAGGAGAAGGAAAAUAAAUUUUCAACCCAUCGAGUCGGCUCAGUCACUCAGCGGUUCAUCAGUCUCAGAGUGAAUUUUCGUGUGUUUCAGCUUUCAAGAGUGCAGAGUGUAUAAUAAUACGGCUACUAGUGGCUCACAGAAGGAAACCGAUAUUGCGACAAAAAUUGCAGCUGAUCAAAGAUAACGAAAAAGUAAAAAAAAAAGCGCAGUUCAGAUAAGUGAGUGCAAAGUGAGUUUCCAUCUUUAAGUAGCUGAUCGGUUCGAGAUUGAAGCAGUAAGCAUUUAUUGCUGGCGCCAUGGCAGACACCUACGAUGAGUACGAAGAAACCCACACCGUUACGAGGAAAUCGACGAGAACCUUCAAGAUUGAGGAAACAUCGUCCUCCACUACAACUAAAACCAUCACAACACCCGCCAAGCUCUACGGAAAAGAUCUCGGAGCGUAUGAUGAUGUUGACGUGGAUGAACUAUUGGCACAGCUCUCCCCGGAGGAGAUCUCUAUGCUGGCCAAGGAAGUCGAUCCGGAUGAUUCAUUUCUGCCACCAAGCCAAAGAACCAACUAUGAAUGUACAAAAGAUCCUACCGGUCCUCUGGAUCGAAAGAAGCUGAUAGAUCAUAUCAACAAGCAGGCAUUAGAGACACCUGACAAACCUGAGCUAGAACCAUUUGUACCGGGAGUGGUUCGGGGCAAGAAAUGGAUUCCACCGCCAGUGGAACGGAAGCUGCAGGAGGCGGCGGAACAAAUCGCCAUCGACAUGGGUGACGAGUACGAGCAGGCGCUGAACGAUGCCACCCAGGAGGAAAUUAUCGACUUGGCUGCCAUUCUGGGCUUCCACUCGAUGAUGAACCAGGACCAGUACCACGCGUCGUUGCUCAACAAGGGUCAGCCGGUCGGGCUCGGCUGGGACGGUAUCACCAAGUCGUCGAUCCAGAAAGUGUACCCCGCCGAAAAACCCAACAUGACCGAUCCGGAGGAAACGAUCAAGAGAAUAAAGGAUGACGAUAGUAAAUUGGUCGACGUGAACCUGAAUAAUAUUAAGACCAUCUCCGACGAGCAGUACGAAAAGCUUUUCGACGCCCUUCAGAGCAACACUCACCUGGAAGUCCUCUCGCUUACCAACGUGGGGCUGACUGAUCGCACUGCCCUGCUGCUGGCUGCGGCCAUCGAGCGCAACCACACCCUGCGGGUACUGAACGUGGAAACCAACUUCAUCAGCCCGCCGGUGAUCGUAACGCUGGUGAAGUCCCUGCUCACACAGAUGACCAUCGAGGAAUUCCGGGCCUCAAACCAGCGAUCGCAAGUAUUGGGUAACAAAAUCGAGAUGGAAAUCACCGAUCUGGUGGAGAAGAACACGACCCUGUUACGGCUAGGUCUGCAUCUGGAGUUCAACGAUGCCCGCCAUCGAGUGGCCGCCCAUCUGCAGCGUAACAUCGAUAGAAUUCGUGUCGACAAAAGAGAUGGUCGAUCGUCACGUGGCAGCUUUUAUCGGCCACAUCACGUCGAUGAGCGGAUGGAUGAGCUCGAAGGCGUCGAAGAGGACGAAGAGGAAGAGGAGGAAGAGGAACCAGUUCACGAAGUCCCACAAGACUACGACGUCGAGGAAGACCCGGACAACAUCGUCAUCCGCCCACCACCAUCCGACGACGAGGAUAUUAAGAAAAGAUCUGUCGCAGCGUCUGCAGUUUAGAUUUUUCCAAAAUAUUCACAGAAAACAAGCGACUAUGAUACAGUGAACUGAACCUCGUAGAUCGCCUUAUCGAGUGGCUAAGAACGUUAUUUAAUAGAUUACACGUUUCACUAUUUCUUAAUCACACUAUUUUGUAAUGUAAUCAGGAGAACUACAGAAUCAAAAGGCAGGCUUAAUUUAUAUUAUUUAGUGAACAAUGUUGGAAGUUUACAAGAAUAAGAGAAACUUUUUGCUGACGGUUGUACGACUUUUUUCCAACUGUAGAGUAAAACAAGUGUAUACAUAUUAGCAGCGAAAAAGAGGGAGUUAAAAUUUGCCGUGAAUCGAAAGGAGUGAACUUUCUUUCAAUUUUAGCUUCCUUGUGUGUAUACAAUGUAAUUUAAAGGAAGAAAGAGGAAUGGAAAAUUGCUCCAAUCAAAACUUUUUGUUUGUUAUGCUAAAGUUAUAAAAAGUAGUUAGUCAAUAGGAGAACAGAGCUAUUGAAAUGAUCUAGAAUUAAAAGCCAAAUCAUCAGUUUCAUUAUCGUCUUACGCUUGGAGCAAUAAUACAGGCACAGGAGCAAACAACAUCAAUAACUUCAUCCAGAUGUUGUCAACAUAAGCGUUAUUAUUUUUUACAUCAUACUGUGAAAAUCAUCUGUGGUCCCGCUAAUCAUCGUCAAAGAGUCAUAAUUGUCAUUUAUGUGCUCUGUGGAAAUCUCACCCUUUGUCUCGGAAAAAUGAAAAAGUUUGGGUAGUCAUCGAGAGUUCUAACGCCGUCUGUUUUCCAACACCGGGGAAUGGAAGUCGUUGGAGUUGAAAAGGCUGAAAAAAUACGCCAAACCCGUCUGAAUCAGCGCAAGUAAAUUCGGACCCAUUCGAGUCACUUUGACCGACCGUUACAAAUUCAAACCAACACAUUAAACACACAUACAUGCAUAGAUAUUAAUUCAGAUUGCAAACAAGAAGAAAAACAAACCAACAAAUGAUCGAUAUGUUCAAAACGAAUGCUUUCGUGUCUGUUUGCGUGUGUAGCUUUUGUGUACGAUCCGUGCGUCUGCUGCUGGAUGGUCGUUUUGCGCAUUAUGUCCGUAUUUGUGUAUGUGUAAAUAUCCUUUAAAGCAACAACAACAACAACAACAUCAACACAUACACUAGUUCUCCAAAGUCCGUAUCCAAACAGUCAAACCACCUUAAAUCCUACUGAAACUUAUAACACAUCAAAACAAUGAAAGACCGCAAAUGCUAGUGAAAAUGCUUCAGCUCAACUGUUCGGUAGAGGCCGGAGGAACAACGAAGGACUAUUUGGUGGUGAAAACUUUGUCGCGGGAGCCGCAUCGGUCUUGGCAAUCGUAGCAACGUUGCUGGAUUUUUCCGUGGCUAGAAGAAACAUCACAUCAUCAUCAACUCAGUACGCGCAUUGAUCCAGCAUUCAAGAACACGGAUCGUACCAUUACUAUUCGCUGAUGCUUAUUAAAGAAGAAGAAGAAGAAAAAGAAGAAAGGAUGUCUCCUCAAACGUAGCAGCAAUCGACAAGGUGCUUGAGUCCCAGUGUUGCACAUUUUAAAAUUGAUUUUACCCGAAUACCGAUCGAACGGAUUUACCCGCUAGGAAUUACCAAUCGUGCUGAUUCGAACAACGAUUUGCAUGGAAGCUUAGUUACGAUAGAAGACAAUUCAUAUGGUAUGAUGCAACCCUAUUUUUGUAGUUAUAGUUUAGAUUGUAAAGUUGAGAUAGAGUUAUUAUUUAGGAAACCCGAUGAAGUAUAUUUUCUUCCUUGCUGUUUUCAUCCUGAUUGGAGAUCGUAUUCGGCGACUACCCAAACUAUUUUAUUUUAUUCGACCAUUCAUAUUUAUGUAAUAUAAUGAAAAAAAGCUAUAUAUUUUAAUUUGGAAGCUUUCGAAUCAUUCUAAGAAAUAAUUUCGAUUGUAGUUAUGAUGGAUUCAAUCAAUAAUGAGAAAAUUGUAAAUUUAUCAGGGGGAAUCAAUUGCUACUGAAAGAAAACCACUGCCCUUCUAAUGCUUCAGAAACCAAUGUGGAAAAUUGUGAUUAUUAGCUUUGAGAAAAUCUACAGCAGAGUUUAUGUUCAUCCAAUCAUCACUGUGAAGUCAAAUAUAUAUAAAUAUAAAAUCAUA